CCGGCAGAGAAAUUCUCAAUCCUUCACGCGAUCGCGUGCAGGCUUAGUGUGAAGGACGGCUUUGAGCAUUUUCCCGCUUGUUUUAGUUGGUUUGUGAUUGUUGGACUAGCUUUUAAACGAUCGGUGAUCCUCGUGUACCUUUUUUACCGUAUAAAUCCUGCAACUUCGCGGGGUAUGCCAUCGCGAUGUACAGAAAGCAUCGAAUCGAUUCAAUCCAGACUCAGGACAGCAACACCAACAAUGUGGGCGAUCUAAUAAGCAGGUUCGAGGUACGCAACUAUCCUAUAAAUAGAGGACUGCUGCCGGAACCUACGCCCGGGACGGGAGUCGAUCACGGAUCCCCGCACCGUCGGCAUUCCGGGCCAGUUCGAGCUGCGCCCUAUUAUUCGCCAACAUCGUCUCCACCGACACGUCGCCAUCGUCCGUACGACUCCUAUCUCAGUGACGGUGCGGAGAGUGAACCUCCCAGAAGGAUGGGUGAGCACCGAGUACGCCAGCGUCCUGGCACCACCAUGUACUACAAUAACGGCUCGUUGUCCUCACUGAACGAAUCCGACUACUACGAGGAGAUGAUCGUAGAUUCGCGAUCACCAACGGCUGGUCGCGCUUAUCACCGUUAUGGUGGUGUAAGAUCUGGUGAGGACACGGCGUUCCUCGAAGAGAUCGAGGAUCAACCCCUGAACAAGGAGCAGGUGGCCAGCUCGCUGACCCGCUUCGGUGCCAUACUGCAGAUGCUGUCCCGGAUCCCAUUCCCUCGGAUGUCUGUCACCGGCAUGGGACUUUGCUCGCUCGUCGCCAUCUUCUUCUGUCCACGUGCGAUCGGUUCGAAUAUACUAUUUCCCGGUUUUAGGCUGCUGUUUGGCACGCUCUACCCGGCCUAUGCCUCGUACAAGGCGGUGCGAACCAAGAACGUCAAGGAGUAUGUCAAAUGGAUGAUGUACUGGAUCGUGUUGGCGUUCUUCACCUGCAUCGAAACGUUCACCGACAUACUGCUGUCUUGGUUCCCGUUCUACUACGAAAUUAAGGUGAUCAUCGUGCUGUGGCUGCUUUCCCCGGCCACCAGGGGCAGCUCGACACUCUAUCGCAAGUUUGUGCAUCCGAUGUUAACGCGCCGUGAACAGGAAAUCGACGAUUACAUCAACCAAGCCAAAGAAAAGGGCUACACUGCAGUGCUGCAGCUGGGCUCGAAAGGUGUCAACUAUGCGACCAAUGUCAUUAUGCAAACGGCCAUCAAGGGUGGUGGCGGUCUAGUCCAGACGCUGCGCAAGAGCUACAGUCUGAGUGAUCUCUCGGAACCGGACACCCAGCGGACACAGGAUGAGGUGGACGAGAUCGUUAACCGACCGCAGCGUGUGCUACGAUCGAAGAGUUCCCGUUCGUCUUCUGGCAAUCGGCAGAUGGAUAUGUACUUUCCGGAGGUAGAGAUUGCUGGGACACCAUACCACGGUGCGACUGCUCCACCGUACAAUUACAUUCGCUCGUCGGAUGAUAUAAGCUCGGGAUACUCGAGCGCCGAACCUGGGCUCAGCCGAACGGCUUCAAUGAGCAACACCGCACGCCCGAGACUGAAAUCGAAAACACGAGAAGAUGACGAAUAUGAGGCGGUGGAAUUUUUUGAUGAAAAUGAACCAAGGCUUGUCCACGCCGGCGGCAAUCAGGAGGGUGGUGGGACAAGAUUUUCCCUUCCACAGUGUGCCACCAUCUACGAGCUGCAUCCGGGUGGAUCCGGAUAUGGAAGCAUUAGUUCUCUGCCGGCUAUUACACAGGCGGAACAUACCACGGAUGCUGCAACCUUGGGAGCUCCAAUAUACUCGAGUGGCACGCAGGCAUCACCAAUGACGCAGGGAAGCGUUCAGAGUGCGAUGGGCGAUAAGUACAAAUUGUUUUUGACUUGGAUGGAAGAACAGCAAAAGAAAGGUACGGGCCCAUCGGAAGUUAAGCCGUUUUCCACGUCUACCAUAGAAGAGAAGACGUACGUCGACGAAUCGAAUGACGAUUCAAAGAAGCAUGAGUCGGUGGAAAAUCGAGAAGAAAAACAGGAUGAGAGUUAUGGCGUAUUGGAAGUGCAGCAAGAAGAGAAACGUGUGGAACCGACGGUCAAUAUCCAGCAAGAAGAUCUUUCAUUCAUGGAGGACAACUUCCAAGAUACGAUAUCGGUGUCGUCGAACGAAAACGAUGAAUUUUUGGAGAUCGAAAACGCUGAUUCACCAUCAGGGAUUGAUGAAGAGAAACCCACCGGUACCGGUUCGGCUACAGUGGUGGAAGAAUCGCCACAAGUGGAUGUCGUUUCCGAUAAUAACACGGACAUUGAGAUCCCUGUAGGAGGUCAAAAUGCUGAAGAACUGGAGAAGCAAUCUGAAAAUCAUACGGAAGUUGAAGUAGCACCAUCCGAAUUAGACACUCAGGCUGCCGAGAAACUACCAAUUGAAACAGCUCCUGUAGCUGUGGAACCGGUUCCGAUUGUCGUUGGUAUCGUCGCCACCGAUGUUGAGCUUUCAAAUGGAAACACUACCGUCGAGCCCUUCGAAACAUCUAAUUUAUCGGUGGCGAUUUCUUCAUCCGACUUGAACUCCUCCAGUUCAUCUCUAGCAAUGUCCGAAAGCAGCACGGGAAGUAUUAUCAACCUGUAUGCCGAUGCAUCGUCUGCUCAAGCUAAAAAACAUGCUUCCUUCGGCAAACAACGAAAAGCCCCCCCGGUUCCAGUUUCUGCGCUUAAUCCACCACCCGAGAUGGUGGUCGUCCGAGAACGAACUGCUAAACCAUCGACCUCGGAUGUCGCUACAGUGACCCCAAAGCCUUCUACCGUAUCGGUCUCUGCAGCUGCAGCUCCCAAAAAACAGCUACCGACAACAAUGGCCACCGUGACGUCUCGUUCGAGAAGCACAACCCCCGUACCAGCGGAGCGAUCCAAACCGAAGAAGUUUAUGAGCUCGCUGACGGGAAUGUUUAAGAGCCACGGGGAACCGACCCCAGCAGUUAGCCGUUCCAGUGAGCCUUCGUCUAAUGCAUCUGGACACCCCAGGGAAACCGAAAUCUAAUCAUCUACAGCUCUCAGGACGUGCUGUCGCUCGAUCCUUUCCCCAUUUCGC